CUUGACUGUACGUGUGCGCACAAGUACACGAUCGCCUAACCGUUCCAUCCCACUACUGUAGCGCGUUUCAUUCGUUCCUCAUAGGUUAUUCAGUAUUUACAGGCGCGUGUCAUCCGAUAAUGUCUAAAAACACGGAGGCGGAGAGCGAGGAGAUUAUGGAGUCGAAGGUGCUCUGGUACCCGGACUCGAAACACAACACACUGAUGGACCGAUUCCGGAGUCUGGUGAACCGGGAUUUUGGGCUUGAUCUGGCUAAUUAUAAUGACCUGUAUCAGUGGUCCGUGGACAGUUACCCGGAAUUCUGGGCACAGGUGUGGAAAUUCUGUGGCAUCAUCUAUUCAAACAUGUAUGAAGAGGUGGUUGAUGUGUCUAAAAGGAUAUCAGAUAUACCUGAAUGGUUUAAAGGCAGCAGAUUGAAUUAUGCAGAGAACCUGCUCAAACACAAAGACCAGGACAAAGUGGCUCUCUAUGCGGCAACUGAGGCGAACGAGGAAAUUGUCAAGGUGACGUUCGGAGAGCUGAGGCGUGACGUUGCACUCUUUGCUGCUGCCAUGAGAAAGAUGGGCAUCAAAACAGGAGACAGGGUCGUAGGAUAUCUGCCCAAUGGGAUCCAUGCUGUUGAGGCUAUGCUUGCUGCAGCUAGCAUUGGAGCCAUCUGGAGUUCGACCUCUCCAGAUUUUGGUGUCAAUGGUGUGUUGGACAGGUUUUCUCAGAUCCAGCCCAAGUUGAUAUUCUCAGUAGCUGCUGUCGUGUAUAACGGCAAGCAGCACGACCAUAUGGAGAAACUGCAGAAUGUUGUUAAAGGUCUCCCUGACCUGAAGAAGGUUGUGGUCAUACCAUACGUUCGCUCUCGACAAGAGACAGACCUCGCCAAGAUUCCCAACAGUGUGUUCCUGGAGGACUUUUUGGCUACAGGUAAAGAGGGGGAUCAGGACCCUCAACUGGAGUUUGAACAGCUGCCCUUCUCUCACCCUCUUUUCAUCAUGUACUCCUCUGGGACCACUGGAGCUCCCAAGUGCAUGGUGCACUCUGCUGGGGGCACUCUCAUUCAGCAUCUUAAAGAACACAUUCUCCAUGGCAACAUGAGCUACAAUGAUGUCAUUAUAUAUUACACUACGACGGGCUGGAUGAUGUGGAACUGGCUAGUGUCUUCUCUAGCGACUGGGGCUUCCGUAGUUCUCUACGAUGGCUCUCCACUCGUUCCGAGCGCCAAUGUGCUCUGGGACCUAGUAGAUCGGCUUGGAAUUACAAUUUUUGGGACUGGAGCAAAAUGGUUGGCUGUGUUGGAGGAGAGAAAUCUAAAACCAGCAAACACACACAACCUGCAGACCCUACACACACUCCUGUCCACUGGAUCUCCAUUGAAGCCUCAGAGCUAUGAGUAUGUGUACAGCUGCAUUAAGAGCAAUGUGCUGCUGGGAUCCAUAUCAGGUGGCACAGACAUCAUUUCAUGCUUUAUGGGACAGAACAUGACUGUGCCCAUUUACAGAGGAGAAAUUCAGGCGCGGAAUCUGGGCAUGGCCGUGGAGUCCUGGAGCUGUGAAGGUAAGCCUGUGUGGGGGGAGAGUGGGGAGCUGGUUUGUCUGAAGCCUAUCCCAUGCCAGCCCACUCAUUUCUGGAAUGACGAGAAUAGCAGCAAAUACCACAAAGCCUACUUUUCCACCUUCCCAGGAGUCUGGGCCCAUGGUGAUUACUGUAAGAUAAACCCAAAGACAGGAGGAGUUGUCAUGCUGGGGAGAAGUGAUGGAACCUUGAAUCCUAAUGGUGUUCGAUUUGGGAGCUCAGAAAUAUAUAAUAUUGUGGAAGCCUUUGAGGAAGUAUCCGACAGCCUUUGUGUCCCCCAGUACAACAGUGAUGGAGAAGAGAGGGUGAUUCUGUUUUUGAAGAUGGGACCCAAUAAGACCUUCAGUAAAGAGCUAGUUGGGAAGAUCCGUAGUGCUAUCAGAUUUGCUCUUUCUGCACGACACGUACCUGCCUUGAUACUGGAAACCAAAGACAUCCCGUACACUAUCAGCGGUAAGAAAGUGGAGGUUGCAGUCAAACAGGUGAUUGCAGGUAAGGAGGUAAUUCAGCGAGGGGCAUUCUCAAACGCUGACUCCUUGGACCUCUACAAGAACUUACCUGAGCUCCAGAACUUCUGAUCAACU